AUGUUCUUGCACUGCGACAACGUUGAUCGUGAAUUGGACCCAGCUUUGCCAAUUAUUCUCCAAUUUCCCCCCUUCAGAUUCUCUACUGAUUCAUGGAACAAACUAUCAAACACCUCUUAUAUCAUUCAAUUGGAUGAAUCCUUCAACAAGGACAAGGCCAAGCUCAUAAGCUAUUUCAAAACAAACAAGUUAUUCCAAAGGACCCAGAUCAUCGCCAGAACCUAUCUCAGCACCAAGUUUGAUCGUGAAAUCAUAUCGGUUUUUCCCAAAGGCUUGAAAAUUAUUUGCCAUGCUGGUGCCGGCUAUGAUUUAAUCGAUACUUCAUCUCUAAUCGAAAGAAAAAUACAGCUAUCGAAUGUCCCCAUCUUGAAUAAUCCCUCAACUGCCGAUACUCAUCUUUACCUCCUAAUCGGUGCAAUGAGAAACUUCUACAAUGGCAGAGUUAAUCUCAAUAAAGGUCUAUGGAAAAAUCAAAUUUGUGCUGGUGCUCCAAUUGGCCAUAACCCAAACAACCAGACCUUAGGUAUCCUUGGUUUGGGUGGAAUAGGCAAAGAGAUCUUGGAAAGAGUUAAACCUCUAAACUUCAAAAAAGUUAUCUACUACAACAGAUCAAAACUAUCUCAACAAGAAGAAAAAGACUUGUCCUUUAUCAACCAAAACAAAUCCCUAGAUUUAUCCUACGUAUCCUUUAACGAUCUACUAUCUCAAAGCGAUGUCAUCUCUCUUAAUAUACCACUAAACGAUUCAACUUUCCAUAUCAUCAACCAAGAAAAUAUCCUUAAAAUGAAGGACAACGUCGUCAUCAUCAACACCUCCAGAGGCGGUAUCAUUAAUGAAUCACAUCUAUUGAAAUACCUUAAAUCAGGUAAAAUAUCCUCCUUUGGAACAGACGUCUUUGAAAACGAACCUCUAGCUUCUCAAGAACUAAUUGACUUGCCCCAGGUUAUCGCAACUCCUCAUAUGGGUACCCACACUUAUGAAGCAAUAGCUGGGAUGGAAGAAUGUGUCAUUCAAAAUAUUUACCAUUACUUAAGCACUGGCAAAGUUCAGAAUAUCGUACCUGAACAAUUAAACCAUCCUAAUUUUGUCCAAUAA